AUGCUAGAUGAGAGAAAUCGGGAUUUGGAAAAUGAGUUGAGGCGUGCACUGAGUUUUGUGGAAGAGAAGAGUUUGGCGACUUCUGCUGUGGUGGAGGAGAAGGGGAGAGAGAUGGAAACAGUUAAAGGGGAUCUGAUUCGAACCAACGCAGAGUUGGCAGUAGUUCAUGGGAAUCUGACUGCAGUGACGGGUAAGGUGACAGCAAUGAAAGGGGAGGUGAAUGCACUGAAGUGGGAGGUAAAUGCAGUGAAGGGGGAGGUGAGUGCAGUGAAGGGGGGUGUAAAUGCAGUGAAAGGGAAGGUGAGUGGAGUGAAGGGAGAGGUUAAUGCAAUGAGGGGAGGGGUAAAUGCAGUGAAGGGGGAGGUGAAUGCAGUGAAGCGGGUGGUGAGUGCAGUGACGGGGGAGGUGAAUGCGGUGAAGGGGGAGUUGGCUGAGCACAAGCAGUCAACUGCAUUGCAGCUGGAAGAGGCUGAGAGAAAGCGAGUGGCGGAGAUGAGGGAGAUGAGAGCGCAGGUGGAGGAGAGGGAGAGGAAGCUGGCAGUAGUGAAGAAAGAGUUGGAUGCACACAAGAAUGCCCGCUUGAAGUUGGAUGUUGACCUGCAGAUCAGGCAGAGUGCAGGCGAUCAGAAGACUGCAUGGGAGAGCUGUAUAGGAAUUGCUUGCCUGGCACUUCUUGUGAUGGAGGGUGAAGCAGUCAUCAACGGGGCGGAUGGGAAAGGGGAAGGGGAGGUGGGAGGCAAGGCGGAGCAGGAGGGCAAGGGAAGGAGGGACAAUGCUGAGAUGGUGGAUAGGGUUUAG